UCACCAAAGGAAAAACACAAGUUAUACCCUUAUGCUUAGACCUUCUUCACCUCCGCUGCAAGUCUGCAACCGCCGGCCAUAAAACCCCCCAAAAACCUCAUACUUCUCGUCUCCUUCAACUCAGUUUUCAUUGGGUAUCAAACAAAAGCUCAAGCUAACAGCUUCAAUGGUGAAAGUAAUCAGACCCACCAGAAACAAUGGAGACACCAAUACCAAGAAGAAAAACAAGAAAAAGAUCAACCCUAACGCUGUAGCCAUGAAACUCAAAGCUCCGGCAACCAAACCUAACCCUUUUGAAACCAUUUGGUCUCGUCGCAAAUUCGAUAUUCUCGGAAAGAAACGCAAAGGAGAAGAACGCCGUAUUGGUCUUGCACGCUCUCUCGCUAUCGAAAAGAGGAAGAAAACAUUGCUGAAAGAUUACGAGAGGAGUGGCAAGUCAUCAGUGUUUGUCGAUAAACGAAUUGGUGAGCAGAAUGAGGAUCUCGGUGAGUUUGAUAAGGCCAUUCUCCGAUCGCAACGAGAAUUGCGGGUUAAACAUAGUAAGAAAAGCAGGUAUAAUCUAUCCGACGGCGAAGAAGACGAGUAUGAGGAUCAAGAGGGCGGCGGUUUGUACGCUGAACGAGACGAUUUCGAUGAUGAAGUUCCGUUAGAUGAGGAAGAUGAAGAAGCAGCAGAGGCUCAGAAGAGAUCGGUCAUCUUAAAACAGCUUAGCGCUGAUGGCACCCCUGGUGCUCAUGCAACGGAACCAAGUGGAGAGAGGCAGAAGAGUAAAAAGGAGGUCUAUGAUGAGAUAAUAUCCAAAAGCAAGUUUUUCAAGGCUGAGAAAGCUAAGGACAAGGAAGAAAAUGACCAGCUGAUAAAAAAAUUGGACGAACAAUUUACAUCUUUGCAGAGCGUUAAGAAUGUUUAUCCUAAAAAAGUCGAUCCUGAUCAGGAAAAAGCUGAUGCUUACGAUAAACUACUUAAUGAAAUGGUGUUGGAUAUGCGUGCUCGCCCGUCAAACAGGACAAAAACGCCUGAAGAACUUGCACAAGACGAAAAAGAGCGACUAGAAGAAUUGGAGGAAGAGAGGCAGAAAAGGAUGCAUGCGGCUGAUGAUACAAGUGACGAUGAUGAUGAUGAGGCCGGUGAUGAUCAUGUGAAUUCUACCUCCAAGAAGCUAACGUCUAUCUCCGGAGAUGAUCUCGGAGAUUCCUUUGAUAUAGAGGAACCGAAAACCAAAUUGGCCUGGAUACAACAGAUGCUGAGAAAAGAAAAUGAAAUUGACGUUGAUAGUGACGAUGGUGAUGAAGAUGAAGACGAAGACGAAGAUGAUGACGACGAAGAUGAUGAAGACGAAGAUGACGGUGAAGGAAAUGAUGUGGCAAGUGAAAUACCACAAUCACUAAAAGAUUGGGAACAAAGUGAUGACGACAAUGACGAUGACGAUGACGACGACGAGGACACAGACACGGAGGGUGUGAAUUUGGAGGAAAAACCGAGGGACCAUAAAACUGCCGCGAGUACUAAUGAGCGUGUGGAUACUUUAGAUGCUAAGAAAAAGGAAUCAAAGGCCCAACCUUCGGGAACUCAACAAGGAGAUCUUCCGUAUACAAUUGAAGCUCCAAAAACCAUGGAUGAGUUGUCCGCAGUUUUCGAUAACCGUUCUGAUGAUGAAAUCAUUGAAGCAAUCAGGCGAAUUCGUGCAUUCAAUGCAAUCAAAAUUGCUGCAGAAAAUCGAAAGAAAAUCCAAGUGUUUUAUGGUUUAUUACUGCAGUAUUUUUCUGUUUCGGCAAAUAAAAAGCCGUUGAAUUUUAAAUUAUUAAACUUGCUUGUCAAGCCACUGAUGGAAAUGAGUAUAGAAAUCCCCUACUUUGCUGCUAUAUGUGCUCGCCAACGACUACUUAAAACUCGAUCACUUUUUGCCGAGGAUAUAAAAAAUUCAGAGAAAAGCUGUUGGCCUUCUGUGAAGACAUUAUUUCUCUUGAGGCUCUGGUCCAUGAUAUUUCCGUGCUCAGAUUUCCGUCACGUUGUUAUGACCCCUGUAAUGUUAUUAAUGUGUGAAUAUUUGACGCGUUGCCCCAUUAUAUCGGGCCGUGAUGUGGCAGUUGGCUCCUUCUUGUGCUCGAUGCUUCUUUCUAUCUGCAAGCAGUCGAAAAAGUUCUGCCCCGAGGCCUUAGUGUUUCUGCAAACUCUUUUAAUGGCCGCUUUGGAAGAAAAGCCUAGGCCAUCGUUAGACGCUAAGUUAUAUCACCUAAUGGAAUUAAAAUCCCCAAAGCCUUUGCUACGUAUACGCGGCACGGUUGUUGAAAUAAAGCCUUUAGAUUUUCUUACGUUAAUGGACUCACCAGACGACUCCCCUUAUUUCACCUCUGAAAAUUUCAGGGCAAGCAUGCUUGUAGCAGUAGUUGAUACGCUACAAGGAUAUGUUAACAUUUACGAAGAAUUCAAAUCGUUUCCCGAGAUAUUUUUGCCGAUUUCCAAUCUACUAAUGGAACUAGAAGGACAAGAUCACACGCCCGAUGCAUUAAAAGAUAAAAUAAAAGCUACCGUGCAGCUGAUAAACAAGAAAGCGGAUGAACACCACAUGUUACGUCUACCAUUACAAAUGAGGAAACAAAAGCCCGUUCCAAUUAAGUUGGUUAAUCCAAAGUUUGAAGAAAACUUUGUGAGCAACAGAGACUAUGAUCCUGACCGUCAACGGGCUGAGGAGAGAAAACUGAAGAAACUUGUGAAGAGUGAAGCUAAAGGGGCGAUCCGUGAGCUGAGGAAAGAUAACUACUUUAUUGCUGAUGCAAAGGCUAGGGAUAAGGCCCGGUUAGAAGAAGAAAAGGCUGCGGAGUACGGGAGAACUAAAGCGUUUCUUCAAGAACAAGAACACGCGUUUAAAUCUGGACAACUUGGCAAAGGCAGGAAACGAAGAAGGUAGAGCAGAUUUAGUUUUAAAUGUAUUCAUAGUUGGGUAUUUUACUCUGUUUCUCUAGCAUCUUAUAAUGCAGUUUUGGCCUUGCAAUUCAAGAUUUACUUUUUCAUCAACUUUGAAAAGAAACUUUUGCCUUUUGAAUCUA